GGCGGGGGCGGCACACAGCCCGGGAUCCGGCGGCAGAGGCACUGGCGGGCUCAGGCCCGGAGCUAGGCGGCCCGGGCGGUCGCACCAUGGACUCGGGCGCCGAGGAACACGAGCUCAACGGCGACCUGCGCCCAGGUUCGCCCGGCUCCCCGAAUGCCUCGCCGCCCCGCUGGGGCUGGAGGAACCAGCCCAUCAACAUGAACCAUUACGCCAACAAGAAGAGCGCAGCCGAGAGCAUGCUGGACAUCGCGCUGCUGAUGGCCAACGCGUCCCAGCUGAAGGCUGUGGUGGAGCAGGGCCCCAGCUUUGCCUUCUUCGUGCCCCUGGUGGUCCUCAUCUCCAUCUCCCUGGCUCUGCAGAUCGGCGUGGGCGUGCUGCUCAUCUUCCUGGUCAAGUACGACCUGAACAACCCGGCCAAGCACGCCAAGCUGGACUUCCUUAACAACCUGGCCACGGGCCUCGUGUUCAUCAUCGUGGUGGUCAACAUCUUCAUCACAGCCUUUGGGGUCCAGAAACCUGUGAUGGAUGUGGCACCCCGGCAGUAGGGCAGCCAGAACCCUGAAUGGCACCUGCCCCCCAACCUGGCUGCCAGACCCCAGGAGCCACCGUGCCCUGAGUCGUCCACCGGUCUACGUGCAGCACUCCCCAAACCUGCCGGUGCCCAGGCUGGUCUCGCUGGACCAUGUCCUGGGAUGAGCCUCCAUUCUGACUGUGACUGCCACGUGGGACUGGAUGCAAGGCCCAGGAGGUCAGAACGGCACAGCCCCAGAGACGUGCAGCAGGUCCCUGGAGCAGCUGGGCGAGGGGCCAGCACUGGCCUCUAUCUCAGGACUUUCAAGAAGGACAGGAGAUUCCCUCCCUUUGCCUAUGCACCAGCAGACCCAUUUCCCAUGGGGCCUGCCCAGGUGGCUCUGGCAAUGGCUGCCUCUGCCAUUUCCUAACUGGGGACCCUGGACAGCCAGCACCACCUGUUGGCCUUAGUGGUGGCCACCCGCUCUGACCUCCGUGCCUGGGCUUAGCAGCCAUCAAAAGGCAGCCGUGCCCAUGUGGGCCAUCAGCGCUGCCUGCGCCCUCCACCAGCAGUGGCCCUGCAGAGCCCCAGCCCCUCCUCAGGGGUCCAGACCCCACUUUCUAAUCAGGAGUGACCAAUGACGUUCAUGCUUAUCCCUGCCGGGCUCCGUGCACCAUCCUCCCCUCGUGGGCGGGGACCCUGCCUCGGCCCCUCUUCGCAGGGCCUGGGAGCAGUUUCAGCCAGGCUGCCUUCCCCAGAACGCUGGGUUCGGGAGCUCUUUGGCUCCCAACUUGACUCAGGGUGAGAUUUAGAGGCAGAGAGGCCAGGGUUUGAGGCUCAAAGGCCUUGCUGCUUUUAUUUCUUUAUGCAUAUGCAAAAUCACAGAAAAGUUGCAAGAAUAAAGAAUUCCCUUAGACACUUGUGAACAUCUUGCCAAGUGUGUCCUUAGCCACCCCAGAACCUGCACCACUGACCUCCAUAGCCACAGAGGAAUACGAUGCCCAGACGUACCCAUACUGGGUCACCUACUAUGCGUCAUGGGGUGAGCUGGCCUCCAGGGUGUGAGGCCUGAGUGCCACAGGCUCUGGGGGCCCAGCCGCUUGGUGUACUUGGACUGUCGAGUGCUUCUGUGCAAAGUGGUAGAAAUGGGGCCUCUGCUGGCCCUACCAGAGCCGUCCCAUCUGCUCUGAUAUAUGCGACAAGUGCUCACUACCUUGUCCCCAUGCCCAGGGACCCUGCUGUGUCUUUUGUAGCAACAUAAAAUAAAGCCUUGCCCGGGACCCUGCA